ACGAAGGGUGAUUCUUGGAAACUUUUUCCUGGAUCAAGUGGAUAAACAAGACUCAACUACGUCAACAAGCCAACUACUACUGCGGCUACAACUAGUACUACCACGAAACUUAAGGUACGUGACUACUAGACUUACUUACCCUAAGUACAACUUAAAACUACUAACUUACAAUGGCACUACUUACUAAACAAGUCGGCAUCUUUGAAGACAUCAAAACGUUGUGCACCAACUACAAAAAGGACAGCAUAACAAGGAAAAACGUUGAGUACCUAGAGAAACGUUUGAAGAACUUAGAGGAGCUAUGGGGUGUCUUUGAAAAGCAGCAUAAAAUACUGGUGGAGACCACUGAACAUAAAAACAUCGGAUACUUUAACAAUGAUGUUUACACGAAAACAAAGACUAUGUACGAGUCAACUAAAAGGCAUAUUCUGGAUCUAAUGGCUUCUCAAAACAAACAACCAAAACAAGACCUAAACUUUGAUCUCUCUGGGCUAAUAGAUGAAGAAACUGAGGACGGCGUUAAGAAGCUCAUCACUCAGCAAGAACGCAAUUUCAAGGCUUUAACUAAAGCAAUGUCGAAGAUAGACAUCGACUUCAUAACCGAAAAUUGGGAGUUCGAAGAACAUCUAGCAACAUUAAAAGCAAAGUGGCAAUCAAUCGACAAGAUACACUGGGAACUUGAUGAUGAGCUGAAGGGGUCCAGUCUGAAUGAAGAUUACAAUGAGAAGUACGAAACCAUUGAACAAAAGUACGACAACUUGAAAAGGGACCUAAACAGCAAGAUUUGGUCAAAAAUCCAUUUACAAAAAUCGACACCUAAAAUUGAAAUCCCGGAAUUUACCGGCAAAUAUGUUCAAUGGAUUACUUUCAAGGACAUUUUCCUUGAAACGAUACACAACAAUCCGAGUAUUCCCAAAGCGCAGAAGAUGCAACACCUAAAGACAAAACUAAGAGGUGAAGCAGAACGUCUCGUACAGCAUCUGUCAAUCAGUGCAGAUAACUAUGAUUCCUGUUGGGAAAUACUAUCUCAUCGCUAUGACAACCGCCGACUUCAGUUCACCUCGUUCAUGAGCACUAUGCAGCACUUACCUACUAUUCAGCAACCCAACGCCAACAACCUGAAAAGGAUGCAUGACGUAAUAACCGAGUGCCUAAAUGGUCUCGGGAACAUGGGAGUUGAAGUGAGCAGUUGGGGCCCGAUGAUUGUUUACAUGAUGUCACAAAAAUUGGAUCCCACAACACUUAACGAGUAUACCAAGGAAACGCAAAAUAAUAGGGAAUUGCCCGACCUAGACGAGUUCCUUAAGUUCCUGGAGCUCAGCUUCCUCGCGCACGAAACGGCAAAGAGCUGUUUAAAGGACUCGGGUGAGAACAAAACACCUCCUAGACCAAUGAAUAAGAGCUGGAACCAUAACUACAGGUUUAAAAGCAAUUUUAAGAAGCCAGAAGAGCAAACGAAAGUGGGACACUCCAAAAUAUUUCAUGCAUCGUUCGGAAAAUGCCCUCUCUGCAAUAACGAUCACGUGCUGAUGCAAUGUGAUAAGUUUAUUAACAUGGAUAUUUUGCAACGGAAUAAAACAGUAGCGAAAUUAAAACUUUGCAAAAAUUGUUUGUACAGCCAUGGCAACAAUAAUUGCAACUCAAGAAAAACGUGUCGCGAAUGUAACUCAAAACAUCAUACAUUACUGCAUACAAAACCCUCUGACUCUGAACCGACUGCAGAAAGGAGGGAUGACUCAACCAACUCACGUCCGUCAACAUCAACACAACCAGCAGCUCACCACGUGACAACCGAAUAUACUGAAAUCUUACUGACUACAGUCCUGGUCAAAGUUAAAUCAGCUGAUGGAACUUACGUAACACUACGGGGUCUCCUAGAUCAGGGAUCUCAGAUAAACUUAAUAACAGAGAAUGCCGCUCAACUAUUGCGCUUACCUCGUAAAAAACUGGACGCAGCUGUGACCUGAAUAGG